GAAAUAAUUUUUCUCUUUUUCCCCCUCUGUGCAGACGGCACGACUGACGUGGCGCGCACGCUGCACUUCGGCACGCCCGCGCGCGCCCACGUCGAGGCGUACACGCGCGUGCUGCAGGGGCUCGUGGAGAUGUCGCGCGCCUCGGUGCCGGCCUCCAUGGGCGCGCACUCGCUCGACUCGCUGGCGCGCGCCGCCGUCUGGCAGGGCGGCGAGAACUACGGCCACCCCACCGGCCACGGCAUCGGCGCCUUCCUCAACGUGCACGAGGAACCCAACAUCUUCUACGGGGAGAACACUCAGCGACUGCAGGUCGGCAACUUCCUCACGGCUGAACCGGGCUACUACAAAAAGAACGACUUCGGCGUGCGCUUGGAGAACGUGCUGGAAGUGGUGGAAAAGAAGUCCCCCGACGCCCCCGACGCCCCGCUGUUCUACGAGUUCCGGACGGCCACCCUGGUGCCGUUCAACGUGAAGCUCAUCGACGUGUCGAUGCUGAGCCCGCAGCAGCGUAACUGGCUCAACGAGUACAACGCCCGCGUCCGCGAGGAGGUCGGCGCCGUCCUCAAGGCCAAGCUGCACAUGGCCGCCUUCUACUGGAUGCUGAACCAGACCCUGUACGUGCCCGAGCACUGCUGCCCCCGGUUGGCCGCCGGCGCCGCCCCGGGGGUCCCCGUCGUCGGAGAGCUGAUGUUGCCCCUGGUGCUCGUGUCCUCGCUCGCCGCACUAAUCCGGUGGUGAGCCAGUGGUUGGCCGAUGGUUGGCCGAUGGUUGGCCUACCUACUUGGCGAGACCAAGCAGUAUGCCUCACCGCAAUGCACUGCGCUAAGAGGAAAGUAAACUACAUUCCCGAUCAAAAUCGUAUUCGGACUCGAUUCGCGGUUGGACGCAACAAUUAUUGUUGAGGAUAUACUUUUCGUGGAUCUAAGUUUUUUUUGAGGCGGGUGGGCCAAAGAAAUAUUCUUGUGUGAAAUAGAGUACUACCUCUGAAAAUAUCGUGUUGUGUAAUUUUGUACGAGUGCUUAAUAGGCAUUAUGUGAUAGUAAUUAAGAUGGCGUUAGCUUUAAGAUUGUCUUUAAUACUGUGUAUUCAUUCACGGCCUCUACUGCCUUGGUGGGGCUGUUACUUGUGUUCAAGCCGUUCCCAACUUAAUUAUAAUAAACGACAGCUUCCGCUUUA